AAGGCUCGAGAGUUAUUAGAAUAAUCUUGUGCGUAAUUCCUCGGUAUAUAGUUUGAGAGUCACUGGCACAAUCUCUUGUAGUGUAUCUAGUGUCAGUUAGUCAGUUGAUCAGUUGCUAACUAUUGCUAACUACAUACAAAUUUUACGUUGUCGAAUGAUUACAGUGUCGAAAAAUUAAUUCAGACUUAGAAGCAGUUAUCUCAUAAAGAAACACGGUACACGCUAGAAAAUGGCAAGCCAGAAUUAUUUAAGUAACCCAAACCACUCGUUUUUCUCUUGUGAGGAUGACAUGGACGACGAAACCUUUCUAAAAAGUGCACCGCCAAGGUUUUCUGGCCGUAUGACUUAUAAUCAUUAUUAUAACGCUGACAACGAACUCGAACAAAAACAUCAACAACUGUUGCAACGAAGAAAGGAUAUCGAAGAUCGUACGAUACAAUCAUCGGAAAGAUCCAUUUCGUUGUUGAGGGAUUCUGAGCAGAUUGGAGCUGCCACUGCAGAGGAACUCAUUAGACAGAGAGAACAUUUAGAAAGAACAGAGAAAAGAUUAGAUGAUAUUAAUAGUACCUUAAGAUUUAGUCAGAAACAUAUUCAAGGAAUAAAAAGUGUAUUUGGGAGUCUCAAAAACUAUCUCAGUGGUAAAUCAUUGGAUGGACCUAUACCAUCUACUAAAUUAUCAGAGUCUUCUAGUUCUGAAUCUAUGACAUCACCUGCACUGUGUAACUCUUUAGAACAAGUACAGUCCAAUAUAGCUAAUACUAGUCCUGCAUUAAAGUUACGUGGUCUAGAUGAUGAAGCAGAGGUUAAUAGUUCUGUGAGCAACAACGUGAGCAAAAUUUUAGAAAAGAAUUUAGAUGAAAUGAGCGGUUCAUUGGCUAGAUUGAAAGGCUUGGCAAUAGGAUUAUCAGAAGAAAUAGAUUUGCAAAAUGAUUUAAUUGACAACAUAACAGAUAAAGCAGAGAAGACAGAUGUAAUGCUUCAAAAACAAAAUAAAGACCUCACCCAUUUACUGAAGAAGUAAAUAUAUGCAGUAUGUAUGAUUAAAGAAGGGCUUAUUAAAGUUAGUUUAUAUACCUUGAAA